UUUAAUCUUCAUAAUGCAGAAAGCCACUUACUAUGAUAAUUCUGGACUUUUUGGAGGCUACUCAUACUCCAAAUCUGAUUCCUAUAGCUAUGGUUCCACUCAUCAACCUUACCCUUCUUCCAAUAUUGAGAAUGAUUUUCAGGGUCCAAUCUGCACAAUCCAAACAUCAACAAUUCGACCCCCAACUCAUAAAAAUGGUGACAUGAAUGGCAGCUGCAUGCGAACGGGCAGCAGCCAAGGUAACAGCCAACCAGUGAGCAUUGGUGAGCAACAGCAAGCACCUCCUUUGCCUGCCUCCUCACCCAACUCCAGCAGCGCCCCAACACAGAAAAAGAAGCCCUCCUCCAAUGGGGCUUCGAAUACUGCCACGCCAGUCAUAACAAAACAAAUAUUCCCAUGGAUGAAGGAGUCCAGGCAGAACUCUAAACAGAAAAGCAACAACUGCACUGCUACAGGUGACACCUGUGACGACAAAAGCCCACCUGGACCAGCCUCCAAGAGGGUCCGCACUGCCUACACGAGUGCCCAGCUCGUGGAGCUCGAAAAGGAGUUCCACUUCAACCGCUACCUGUGCCGUCCGCGCAGAGUGGAGAUGGCCAACCUGCUGAAUCUCACCGAGCGCCAAAUCAAGAUCUGGUUUCAGAACAGGAGGAUGAAGUACAAAAAAGACCAAAAAGCCAAAGGGGUCAUGCAUUCUCCUAUCGGACACUCUCCGGACAGGAGUCCACCGUUAAGCGGCCCGAAUCACAUCGGAUACUCGUCGCAGCUGCCGAAUGUGAACAGCCUGAGCUACGACGCCCCCUCGCCCCCGCCGUUCGCCAAGCCGCAGCAGAACAUGUACGGCCUGGCCGCGUACACGGCGCCCCUGGGGGGCUGCAUGCCGCAGCAGAAGAGGUACCCGGGGCCAGAGUACGAGCACCACAGCAUGCAAGGAAACGGCGGCUUCGCCAACGCCAAUUUGCAGGGCAGUCCCGUGUACGUCGGAGGAAACUUCGUCGAUUCCAUGCCAGCCUCUGGCCCCAUGUUCAACCUCGGCCACCUCCCCCAUCCCUCAUCCGCCAGCGUGGACUACAGCUGUGCCGCUCAGAUCCCGGGGAACCACCACCACGGACCCUGUGACCCCCAUCCUACAUACACAGACCUUACUUCUCACCACGCAUCUCAGGGUAGGAUUCAGGACGCGCCCAAACUAACGCAUCUGUAGUAGUGGAGUCCAUUUGUGAGCUCAGCGAUGUGAUCGCUCUUUUAUUACCUCACUAGUUUAAAGUACUUUAUAUAAUUGCGCUUCAGCAGUCAUCUGUGUUAGCCAGUAUUAUUAUUAUUAUUAUUAUUAUUAUUAUUAUUAUUCACACCAUUAUUACUAUUAUCAUGGCUGUUAGCCCUUUGUUUUAUAUAUAAAACCGUGGUCCCUUUUCUCCACUCCCGAGGAUCCAUUCACAGAUUGUUUAUUGUCCAGCUGUUUUAAUUUCUAAAGUGCAAUGCUUAAC